AAUUUUGCCCACUUCACACUCCAGAACCACAGAAAUCCCUGCAAAUUUCUCUAUCUUCAUCAUCAUCAUCAAUUCAUCAUCUUCACCGGCGACGACCAUCGGGCCGGUGAAAUGAAUAUUCCGGCGGCCGAUUCUUCCAAAUCACCACUCACUCUUCGAAUCUCCGAUCAUCGUCGUCAUGUAUUUCACGAAAUGCUCUGAUCCGAAAUCCAAUUUUCUCGUUCGCUUAGUCACGAAGUUAUCCGCCUCAGUUCCAUGGAAAUUCGGGGAAAGAUGAAGAUUCAACCUAUUGAUAUCGAACCUCCAACUGGAAGGGUUGCCAUUCGUGCUGAUCCAGGCAAACCAGUUCUGAAAUCGCGUCUCAGAAAGCUAUUUGAUCGGCCGUUUCCGAAUGUUCUAAAGAAUUCUACUGCGGAAAAGCCAAUCGCAGCUGGGGAAGCUGCACAGUUCAUCAUUAACAAAGAUGGAGUCUCUGAGUUUGAGCCGAGCUCCAUUUGUUUAGCUAAAAUGGUUCAGAGUUUUAUAGAGGAGAGUAACGAAAAGCAGUUGUCGGUGGCCACUGGUGUGAAGAAUGGUCGCAACCGCUGCAAUUGCUUCAACGGUAACAAUAAUGACAGUUCUGAUGAUGAGUCCGAUGACUUCGGCAGUGGUUUUGGUGAAUCAGUAACAAUCGGAUCAUCUGGUGCCGAUGUUUCUGACUUACUCAAGAGUCUGAUUCCUUGCGCCAGCGUAGCUGAAAGAAAUCUCUUAGCCGACACCGCAAAGAUUGUUGAGAAGAACAGCAAAAUUCACAAAAGGAAAGACGAUUUGAGAAAAGUUGUCACAGAGGGACUUUCAUCUCUCGGUUACGAUUCUUCAAUCUGUAAAUCAAAAUGGGAUAAAUCCCCUUCACAUCCCGCAGGGGAAUAUGAAUACAUCGAUGUGAUGAUGGAGGAUGAAAGAUUGGUGAUAGACAUAGAUUUCAGAUCGGAGUUUGAGAUCGCUCGUUCGACCGGAAUGUACAAGGCGAUUCUUCAAUUACUCCCGAAUAUCUUCGUCGGCAAAACGGAUCGUUUAGGUCAAAUCGUCUCGAUCGUAUCAGAAGCUGCGAGACAGAGCUUGAAGAAGAAGGGGAUGCACUUUCCGCCAUGGAGGAAAGCUGAAUACAUGAGAGCGAAAUGGCUGUCCCCUCACAUCAGAUCCAAACCUCCAAAUCCAUCGGUAAAGGAGAUUGAAAUCACGAACAUGAAUCAAAACGAGAACAACGAGCAAUCGCCGAUAGAGACGGAUUGCGGAGAAUUCGAAUUGAUAUUCGGCGAUGAAACGACGACGACGACGACUACAUCACUUGAGAGUAAUUCUUCAAUCGCUUCAUCGCCUCCUCCGCAGAAAGGUUUGUAUGGCGGCGAGAAGACGGCGGUGGCAGUGAUGGCCUGGCAACCUCCGGCGAUCAAACCGAAGAGUCUCGAUAGAGGAGCUAAGAUCGUUACGGGAUUGGCAUCAAUCCUGAAAGAGAAUCCGUAAAAAUUUUGGUUUUUUUUUUAAUUUUUAUUUCCUUCUUUUUUGGGAAUUGAAAUAUCAUAAACAAAAGUUUAAAAAAAGAGAGAGAGAGAGAGAGAGAGUUAAUUAAGUGGGUAAAUAAUCGUAAAUAUAAGAAAAUGUAUGUGUUUUUGUUUAUUUGAGGGGGGAAAAAGAAAGGAAAAUCCUUCGGUUUUUUUGGGUGUAAGGGUAUUCUACUUUAUGUAAUGGGCAGCAAUUUUAGCUUUACCCAAUCGUCUUUGUAAAAAUAUUAAAAAGGAAAAAAAAACAAUAUUAUUGAAUGUUACCAUAACAA